AUGGCCUCAACUGCGGGUAUCAAAACACGCAUCUGCAUGAUCUCGGACACUCACACCACCAGUCCCUACUCGUCCUCAAGAAAGGACCAUGCCUACCGCAGUCCCCUCCCAGAAGCCGACAUCCUCCUCCAUUCCGGCGACCUCACAAAGGUCGGCUACCGCACCGAGCAUGAAGAAACCAUCGCAAUGUUUAAAGCCGCGCCCGCCGAACUAAAGCUCGUGAUCGCAGGCAAUCACGACAUCACCUUAGACGAAGAGUACUUCCUCCGCACCGGCUACAGAAAGCACCGGCGAACAGAAUACUUCGGCACAAAAGACAUCCCCCUUCACAAAGACGAACAAGACCGCCUCGAAGCCAUCCGCGAAGGAACAAUUCCACCGCCCGCAAAACUACAAGCCUACAUCCGCGACAUAAAAGACCUCUACACCAACGAGUCUGCCCACGAAGGAAUCCACACAUUCACCCUACGCUCUGGCGCAACAUUCACCGUCUACGCCUCGCCCUACCAACCCGAGUUCUGCAACUGGGCGUUCGCAUAUGACCGCAACGAAGACCGCUUCAAUCUUCCCGCGCCUGGGUCCGAGGCCCCUGUUCCUGCAAACCCGGUCCCGGACUUCCCAAAUAUCGAUAUUAUGAUCACUCAUGGCCCGCCUGCCGGGGUCCUGGACUGCGUUGGUGAUGGCAGACGGACGGAGCACGUCGGGUGUGAACAUCUAAUGCGCGCGGCUGAGCGCGCAAGGCCUAGACUCUAUCUUUUCGGACAUAUUCAUGAAGGAUGGGGGGCAGUGCGGGGCACGUAUGACAGGACGAAGGCCUCUGAGAAGGACAGUAAGGAGGGUGCUAGUGCCAGUGCUAGUAUCAAGCUGGAAGAAAUCCCUGUUGACAAGAAAGAUAUGAUCGAAAAACGAGGCGUCUAUCUUGAUGUUAGCUCCGAGGCUCAGCGACCGCUUGCUUUCGGCGAUGAGACUUUGUUUGUCAAUGCUAGUAUUGUGGAUAUCUAUUAUGAGCCGGUUAAUGCGCCUUGGGUGGUUGAUUUGGAUUUGCCGAGGGUUUGA